AUGUUAUUUUUCUUUCAGUUCGCCGCAAAAGAUUCGGAACGUGAGUCUGGUGAGGAUGUUGGUAACAAUAUAUCUAAUGUACUAAAAGAAGUAUCUAAAUAUUGUAACGGUGAAUCAAAUUAUCGUCCUCCCUUCUUUCCACCACCGCCAGUAACCGAGUCACCAUACGAUUUUGACCAUCAUCAUCUUUAUCAAGGACCUGACACUUUACUUAAUGACGACAUUCAUCCGAACGAAUACUAUCCUUAUAGAGUUGAUGAUUAUGUUGAAGAACAUCGUGUACCAAAUUAUGGUGUACCGUACCAAUACGAUUCUGCAAAUAUAAGUCCCAGUAGACGUAUGCAGAUUCUCCAACAACAAUACGGCGAACUACCAAUAAUAACUGGUACUAACGAGUUGGUGAACGUUGUGAAUAAUAAUCAAGUAGCUAUGGUUAGAAUACCGGAGUCGAUUGUAAUGAAUCUGGUGACACCAGAUCAGUUGUCAGUAUUGUACCAGAACAAUCAAGCAUUCGAUGUCCCGUCGACUGACCCAUCGGUGCCAAGAUUGAUCGCGAUGACUACGAGAGUUCUAUCUUCUAUUUUAAAAGCAAAGAAGAGAUUUCACAACGUGAUCGACCACGGUGUAGCGGGUGCGGAGAACGUAUUCUCUGGCAUACAUGAAGCGGCUGGCGGUAUUGCGGAGCUCAUCGGGGGCGGCGCGCAUGGUCUCCUGGACUUUAUAGUUUAACAUCUAACUGGUCAUUCGGUAAUAAUUUAGGCCAUUAAAUAUUUACUCUGAUUAA